AUGCCAAACCCUGCGCCGAAGGAGGAUACGUGGGCGUUCAAUCCGAUCGGGUCGCCAUUUCCGGACAAUCCUGUCAAAGUGCUGGGCCAGCAGAACAUGUACGUCGCACUGUGGUACAAGAACGGAAAGCCGGUGCACGGCUACGCAUGGAACGACGGUGGCGUUGUACAAGCUUCAUUUCCGUACGGCAAGGCUGAGCUCACAGGGAAAGUAGAUCUUGGCGGCAUGAUUCAGGUGCUGCAGUACAAAGGAGACCACAACUCGCUCGGCUAUUGGUACGAGUGGAUCAAGUACAAGGACCGUUUCGAGAAGACCGAUCAACGUCAACUGGUUCGGUGCGGCGACUCGAUGCCCAUUCUAUGGGUUAAUCGUCCUGGUGGAACACUGCUCGGCUACUUGAACAUGAAGACGGAAGAAGCCUACUUUUCACAAGCUGGCAAGGCAGAAUGCGUCGUUGGAAAACCGCUCUCGGAAAUGAUGAUCAUUAUUCGAAAUCUGAAAGGAGGCCCUCCAGGAUGUGUGUGCGCCAGCUGCCCCAAGGGACCGCCGCCAGUGCUCAUCAUGCUGAACGAGUGGGCAGACAUCAGGAUGGGAGACCCAUGGCCAGGAUAUAGGACGGUGAGAGCUGGUGACAAGACGCUGAACGCAACGGCUGGAGACUCUGCUGAGCAGCAUGUGGCCUUGUGGUAUGUGCACGGUGAACCUGUGAUGGGCCGCAUCUGGAACAAUGGUGGAAAGGUCGCUGCUGCGUUUGGCUGGAACGGCAAGGCCUUCACCGACAAUAUUGGCUCCAUUCAAGUCCUCGUCGACCUUCCUGAGCAAGUUCGCGGCUACGACUACCUUUGGCGCCCGUGGAGUGAUGCUGCCGUCUAUGACAAGAACUCCCGAGUGUACUAUCCAGUACACGUGGACCACGUGAAAGGAAACAUCUCGCCAUGCCUGCUAACUCUACCAAAUGGCAAGGAGGCACUCGGCAAAGCGGACAUCCGUAACGAGCGUGCAUCGGCUGUCGUCGCUGGCAAGGACGAGCGCUUCGAGGGACCAGCUGUCCACAAAUUCUUGAUUGCAUUAGUAACAAAUAGUGGGCCUAUUGCUUAUGAACGUGUAGCAGCUUUUGAAGAAGAAUUUCGUCGAACAAAUACAGUAACUGUUGUUAAGAAGGUAAUUUUUGAUGAAAAUUGGGAUUCUAAUGAAAUAAUAAAGAGUGGUUUGCUUAAUGAAAUUUCACAAAAUGCUAGAAGUAAGUUUAUACUUCCAUAAAUA